AUUUUUUUCAGCCGCUAAGCUCAGCUAUUAAUCUUCCUCUUAAGGACUAAUAUGAAAGAAGCGGAUUUAGAGGUCUGACACAGCCAAGAAAGGAGGCAUAUUUUCCCCUGUGGAUCAUUCUUGUUUUCUGUUACCAGAGCGUAAGCAUGGAUGUCUUGGCGAACCACAGUAUCUUUCAGGAACUUCAGCUCGUUCACGACACCGGCUACUUCUCUGCCAUGCCUUCGCUGGAGGAAAACUGGCAGCAGACCUGCCUAGAAUUGGAGCGUUAUCUGCAGACAGAGCCCAAGCGUUUGUCGGAGCUCUUCGACCAAGACUUGGAUGGCCUCCUAACGCCAGCCUACGUAAAGGAGGACGGAGAGGAAGAGCUGUCAGACACCCUACUCCCCAGCCUGCCUAGCCUCCCUGAACCACCGAGCCCACCUCCCGUGAUCCUUUGCCCCACUCGAAAGAACUUCCCUGCCACCGGCGCCAUGAGAAGAGACCUCAAACCCAAAGGACAGGGGGUGGAAAAUGUAGAAGGCAUGGAAGGGGUGCACCAGGCUCAGCUGAGCGCCGUCACCUCCCUGACACCCCCGUCAUCGCCAGAACUGGGCCGACACCUCAUCAAACCCAACCAGACGCUGACGGCCUCGGCUGAUGGGACGCUCACCUUGAAGCUGGUAGCCAGGAAGGUGGGGCUCAGCGCAGCCCGGUUGGUGGCGGGACACUCGCUUCCUGUCCGGGUGAAAGAUGAAGAAGAAGGGGCUGCAUGUGUGAUCGGGGUUGGAGAGAUACCAGAAAACAAGAAGAGGAUCCACCGCUGCCAAUUCAAUGGUUGCAGAAAGGUGUACACCAAGAGCUCCCACCUAAAGGCCCAUCAGAGGACACAUACAGGUGAGAAGCCAUACAAGUGCUCGUGGGAGGGCUGCGAGUGGCGAUUCGCCCGGAGCGACGAGCUGACGAGGCACUACCGCAAACACACCGGCGCCAAGCCUUUUAAGUGCAACCACUGUGACAGGUGUUUCUCGCGGUCGGAUCACUUGGCGCUACACAUGAAGAGGCACAUCUGAGAGAUUCGAGAGAGGUCAGCGGGAGAGUGGAUGGAAGAGAGAGGAAAAAGGAUGGAGGCAGAGUGGAGGAAGGAGGGAGCAUCAUCUGCAGAAAAAUAACACCUUGGAUUUCAAAGAGAGAUAGUGGGAUGGAUUGAAGAAAAAAAAAACCCACAAGAUUUGUUUUUUCUUGACUGGAGAAAUAGGAACCACACAGGGACAACAGACAGAAAUACAGGCAGACAGACAAACUGAUCCUGAGUGGCUCUGUCAAUCUGUGGACGACCAGUUGGUCCAUGAUUCCACGGUGACACAUUGUCACCUCACAACCGUCCCCCUACUCCCCCCCUGUUUUGUCGCGUGGACUAUACAGACGCUCCAUCCCACCCUUCAUAUGUGUCUCAGAGGGGACGUCACAUGAUGAGCAGCGGGCCACGUGCCUGUAGUUGGCAGCUUUUUAUUUGUCACCCUUUGCGGUCUUUGCCUUGCUGUGGUCCCUCUGUGAAAUGCUUCCAGCCCUGUUCAUGCAGCAGUGCUCCACAUGCCAGCUAGGACACCAAUGCCAAACUGGACCAGUUGUAUAGUAACUUUUGUGUACUGACAGCAGUACUAUUCGUAGAACACACUUUUGUUUAAAAAGAAGAGUUAAUUUCCAACAGCAGCUCAGCUAAGCAAGCGCGGACGCUGGCUUUAACUCCCACAACACUUGCCGCAGCCCUUAGAAUUCACCAAAUCUUAUAUAUCCAACAAAUGUUUAACAGUUUUUCAUCAAAUGUCUGUCAUAUCCGCCGACUGGAUCCAUUUACAAAUCACUAUGACUCGAUGGCAUCCGAGCACUUGCCUGAAUGGAGCGUUCCAUUAGAUUUCGAAGACUUGAAAAUGGGAGUUCGUCCCACUGAUGUGCUGUGAAGACUUACUGAGGUCAUCUAGAGAGCCAGCUUGCUCUAUGAACACCAUCCUUUUUAGGGUCACCACUAGGCAAGUCUAACUAACCUACACUGGGGAAGAAUCCUAGAAUUUUAGCUGGAACUGAGUGGCUCAAGAGAUGUGAGAUGGCUCCUAGGAGUGUUCUUCCUCUCUGGGAUCUUAGCUCCAAUGAGUUGUCAGAAACUGUUGCACAAUUGACUCUGUUGGCAAACUUUUGUAAAAAUGUAUCGACUGUCUUGAACUGGGAAUUAAUUAGGGACUCAACAAAUGCUGGUUUUUCACAUACCAUCCGAGCGUGGACAGCCAAAUGCACAAGUUGAAGCAGCUAGUUAACUGCGAUAGCACACCGAACACAAACGAAAAUCACUAUGUAUGUAAAGGCUAUUUUGUUUCUAAGAAAUGGCACUCCUGUUUGUUCGAAAAAGACAGUUGGAAAGUCAGUUUCGAAGAAUUCAUUAGAAAUGGAUGCAGCCAAAAAACAAAACAAAAAACUCACGUCUGCAGUAGAUGCCUGAAAUGAUCUCUUUGGCCUAUGAGAGUGAUUGGCAACUAACUAGCCACUAGGUUGAAGAGGGAUCUAUCCUUUUCACACCACACCAUACUUUUUCCAAUUUAGCAGCUCUUAGACAUCCUUUUCAGAAAUUAAAAAACAGCAUUUAACAGCUCUUUAAACCUGGCCCUAUGCAGAUCCAAGAACAUUCCUGAUCAACAUGUAAGACUGAAUGCAGAUUUCCAAUCUUCUGGACAUGGAAGAACUUGUUGGAAGACACAAAUUCAAUCAACUGGGUGGCUCUUCUCAGAGCAAAUCGGCAUGAAUGUAUCUGUUGCAAGUCUGAACAUGUUGCUGGGCCCAUAAGUGUGGUUGGUAAGAUCAUACCAGACACCAUUUGUAUUUAUACUUUUUUACAUUUAAAAUGAACAAUGAUACUGGGAAAAAACUAGCUUGUCACACCUGGUAACUUUUAUUGGACCACUGAGAGGUCAUGAGUAUGGAUUUCCAGUGGGUGGCUGGAAUGUGUUAGGGGAGGAUGGGAUCUGCUCAGUCAGCAAUGAUAACUGCCCCAUCAGCUCACAAAACUGCAGCAGAGUGAAACCCACACGCACAAAGAGGCACAUACAUUCACUCCUAGAAAACUGGAAUUAUCAUUUGUCCUGGGCGACCUGACUUUACUUGGAUGCAACAAAGCCUGAUAAAAAUCCAGUUCUUAGACAUCAUCAUGUCACAGACACAUAUAAGGUUAACACAGGCUCAUGUCAAACGCACAUACACAUAUAACAGAGCUUGAACAAAAGUAGACUGUGAAGAUACUGAGAAAUUUUACUGAGGACCCCUGCAUCAAAGUGUUAAUUCUUUGUUUUACAAGUCUUUUAAUUUGUGUGCUCCGCCUUGAGGCAAAGGUUAGUCUGAAGCAGUUUGUAUUUUGGUAGGAGCGACACAAAAUAGAUUCUACCCUGUUACACCAGAGGCACAUAUCAAUUUUGGACAUGAAUGCAGUCUAGCUCAAGUUUAUUUGGACAUGAUCUAGCAGUGGCUUUGAAAGUAAAUGCAGUGUCAAUUCCUUCAUCAUAGUGAAGACACCGAGACACCUUUAAACUGCUGAUUUAGUUUUAAGGAGGCCAAAAAUUUUCACAGAACUUCCAGAUUGGAGCUACUUUUAGUCUUUUGCUGUGUCUCAAAUUGCAUACUUACGUACUUACUCUUUGCAAGUGAUUUUGCACUGAUAGGUACAGCUACGUGCAGUGCAACGACUACCUGUUAGGUGUGCACGUAACGGUCAAAAAGCUGAGUGAGACAAUUCUCACUGCCAGUGGUCAACAUCUUGGCUGCAUAGUGGAAGAAGAAAGAUCUUUACACACUGGACAUGUAAAAUUUGUGCGAAUGUUUCAUGCAAUAAAAAAUAUUUCUCGGAUUCACCUAUUCUUAAUGCAGCUGUUCACACUGACCCUGUAAUAUUGCAGGACAAAUUUGCAUCAUUUAUUUUUUCAGAGGAAGCUUGAUUUUUCCAAUUUUUCGCAUGCAAAUAAACAGAUCUGACCAAUCAUACUGUUUAACCUCAAACACACAGCUAGAAAGUCUGCUCAAUGAAAUUAUUUCUCUGCCUCCGCAAAUGUGGUCCCAACUCUACCAACAAGAGCUCAAACCGUUCCACUGACAUUCUGAAAUAUGUACAAAAGUGGUCGUUAUACAUAAAAUUCUCCCUGCUGCUGCCUUCUCAUGACAAUUGGAUGAACCCAGAAUCUCAGUUUGGAAACAUCAGGACCAGCUCAUCAUCGCUUUAUGUAAACUUAAUUUUUUCAUAGUGCAUUUUUUGAGGACAAAAUUUUCAUGCUUUUGUUACACAGCAAGUUUGCAUGCAAAUUAGUUCCUGUUGUUUUAUUGCAAUGCGCUUGGUGUGUAAAGGCCUAAAGACUCACCAGCCAGUUUACAGCACAGAUCGUGACGCUGACAUUAGCUAGCUAGCUAACAGCCACAGAUUUAUAUCUGCUUUCAAGGUUACGUUUUUGUGGCACUGCUUAAUUUUUAUGUAUGUUAUAUUGGCACCUCCCACACAGACAUGUUACAGUGUUACAAUAAAGUUUAAGACCCAGAUAGCCAUUAAAACAGGAUUUUGGAAGUUUAGCAGAGUUAGAAGUUAGUCGGAAUUUAGCUAGCUAGCUAUACCAUGCUCUGACUGAAGUAUUUCUAAAACAAUGCUAUUGCUUUGGGCAUAAACAAAGAUAGAAAACUAAAUAGCAGCAAUUUUUGGAUGGUUAUAUUGGACUGUUUGGUAUAUAAUAAUGUGCUACCUGGUGGCUAGCUACAGAGCUAUGAUAAAGCUAAUAUAAACACAAUAACACAAGGAAGAUGCUGAGUAAGAAGACAAGAAACCGUCCACAGAAGGUUUGUCAUUAUGUUGCUGCAUGAUUUGGCUUACUUGCUAUAGAAAACUCCUGAUUAAAUAACACAUAAUACAGGCUUAAAUAAAACAAGUCAUAAAACAUUACAGUACAUUAAAAAGACAAUAACCACAAUCAGUGUAGUAGAUGCUUGGACCCGGAAACAGAGUUGAUAUAAUGUCACUUAAUAAGCAGAUUGUCAUUUCUGAUAACCUGUCAGCUUCAAUUUGAGAGAACGCAUCACUUUCAAAAUUCACACAUGUAAGAAAACACUGCCCUGAAUGGAAGUGCACUAACAGAAGUAUGAAUUGAGACACAGUUAAAUAAAAGUCAUCAAUACUGGACGCAUUCAAGAUUUGCUUCACAGACAAAAUCGAAAUGAAAAAUGUUUGACUUCAGAUGGGUGUGUCAUACCAGGCUAGCAGAUCCAUGCUUUCCUUGCUUAGCCCCUCUCCUCGUGUGAAAAUGAACUGAAGAAUUGCAGUUUAACCUGUGGGUUAAAAUUGUAUGAUUGAUGGCAGCUCUACUUGUGCUUGUUUCAGUAUUUCAAUGGGGCAUGCUCCUGUUGAAGUGGACUAUUGCAAAUGUGUGGGAAAAUUGGGAAUUAUUAUUUUUUUUGUUGUUGUUUUGCUUUUUUUGUUUUUUUUAUGUUCCUUACCAAUCAAGGAUAGCGGAAGAUUUUGGACUGCAAUGCUUAGACUUUAACAAUCCAAGAUAUGAAUCCCAAUUACAGAACAGUUUCAAAUUUGGUCUGGCUCUUCUUGUGAGCUGACAGAAACACAGUUUCUCUUCACGUGUCUGCCAGGAGCUCAAAAACUGGGAUUUCAAAUGUGAAUGUGUUUUCUUGGAAAGGUCGUUUCAUGUUGUCUCUGUGGAUGCGGCUCAGUUCUGUGUCAUCUUAAUGAAUGAUUGUUAAUUCUGCUGUGCCUGUGUUUUCUGCGUCCGUUUGUAUUUGCACUCUGAAUUUUUUGGAAAGCUCACUUGCAUAUCUGCUGUUUUCUGUCUGCUUGUGCACUACACUUCACACAACAACCCUUGGUGAUGAAGCACUGGUCACAAAGCCUGUAUAGUAGCCGUUUUUUUUUUGUUUUUUAGCACAAAAGGUACAUGCAUACACGCUACACAGAUUCACAUACAUUGCAGACGUGCAGACAAACCACAUGCUUGCAGACACGCUCGGGUGCAUCCACGAGUUCAUGCGCAAAUAUGUACAAGCACAUCCCAAAUCCACACACUCACAAAAACACACAGACACACACAAACACCUAUCCUGCAUUCUCCUUGUGGGUUUUUCCUACACCUUGUGAGAGUCGGAGAUCCAGACUGCAGCUCUUGCUCUCAGCAGAGGGGGUGCACACACAUUACUAUGUCUGUUUCCACCAGGUCUGAAUUUUAAAUCAAACACACCCCCGUUUUUCUACCAGCAUUCUCUCAUCACUUCCCCCUCUCCCUCCUCCUUCCCCUCGUUCCCUCCCUCCCCCCUUCCUUCCAUUUUCUCAGAUAUGAUCCCUUUCAACUCCUCUCCUCUGUCUGACCCCCCACCACCAUCACCACCACUCUUGCACCCACCACCUCUGCCUCCACCUCCCAUUUCCCUUCUUUUUUCCCCCUCUGUUCUCUUUCUCCUUUUCUUUCUCUGUAAAAAGUGUUUCAAAUUUAUCAUUUGUAUAUUAUGAUGUAUGGGUACAAUAAUGUUCUUUAUUAUGGAAAAAUGAGAAAGAUUUAUUUUUGUUACCAGUUUGUUUCAUAAUUCCUUUUUUAAAUUGGUAUUGUAAUAUCUCUAUGCAAGGAACUGUU